GCCUUUUUUCACCCUCUUUGCUCGCCCCAUCCCCUUUUCACCUCUUCGGUUUGCUUCCUUUGCUCGUCCUUAAAGGGCUUUUCACUGUUCUGCGCGGCCCCACUUCUCCGUGUCGUCCGCGAGUUCGUCUGCCUCUGUUCCCAGUUCCUUUUGCGGUUUUCCAGCGUCUGUGUUGCGUCCGUAUCCCUUGACUGAGUGGGUGGAGGCUUCCCAGAAGAUCCCCACCUUCCCCCCAGCCAUUCCUUCCCAGAAGGCCGUCUGUACCGUCCCUUCCCGCUGUCGUCGCGUACGUAUGGGUGUGUUUCGGGCUGCCGUGGUUUCCCUGAUCACCAACGCCCUGCUUGUGGGUGAGUGUGGCACACACGGAAGGAAAUAGAGAUGGAGGGAGGGAGUCACCUCCGUGCUCUGACUGUGCUCUGAUUGUCUCUGUGUGUGUGUGCAGGUGCUGCUGUGUUGCAAGUCCCCCCUCCCCACGAUGCCCACCGUUGUGAGUGGACGUGCCUUGACACCACUGGCCUGAUGGCCGUGUGCGGCAGUGACGGCCAAACCUACCCCAGUGUGUGUGCGAUGGAGCAGCAGAGCUGCCGCAACGCCCUCCAGGGCAUUACACAAGUCACCCUUGCCGCCGACCACCCCUGCAGCGAUGAUACCCACCGUGGUGAGUGAGAGCUGGACGAUCACAUGACGACUCGAUGAUGUCCUUGGAUACCCCGUGUGUGUCUUGGUUGGUUGGUUGGGUGGUCCGGUCCGUGCAGAUGUGUGUGGAUCCUUCGAGUGCCUCGACACCUCCGGCUUCAACAAGGUGUGCGGCUCCGACGGCCGCACCUACACCUCACCAUGCCACUUGGAGCGCGCCCAGUGCCGCAGCCCAUCUCUGUCUGUCCGGUCACACGGCCCCUGUGCAUCCGUCGCCGCCGCCCGCCGCUCUCUUGAUCGCAAGGAGUGGCGCAUCUUCACCGCCCUCAGCAGAUUCACCAGCAGGAACGGACGGUAGAUCAAGAAGCAAGAAGGCCGUGAGCCGGCCGUGAUCGCUUGACUGACCGAGGGGCUGGAUGGGCUGAUUGAGUGAUGGGCGUGUGCUGG